AUGCCGACAUAUGCACUACUUGGAGCCACAGGCGGAACCGGUUCUGCCAUUCUCCGAUAUCUUCUGGAAGUGCCACUUCCAAACCUGAAGCUGAAGAUCCUGGUCCGUUCGAAAUCGAAGCUGUUGAAGACCUUCCCGGAUCUGGAGAAGACAUCUCCGUUUGGUGUCGAAGUCUUCGAAGGUACACCAGACGACAAUGCGAGUCUGCAAAACUGUCUCGAAGGAGCACAGGUGGUGUUUAUGUGCAUCGCUACCAACGAGAGCAAGCCAACUACGACGAUCUGUUACGACGUGACUGCUGCUAUAAUCACCGCCCUUGAGGCGUUACGCGCAAAAUCUGGCUCGGCUUUCACUCGUCCAACUAUCCUCCAACUACGGAGUGCGAAUCUCAACAAGAUAGCCACAGAAGGCUACGCAUUCAUUGGCGCGGCUGUGCGCUUUUGCUUGUACUACGUCUACUCAGACCUGGAGAAGGGCUGUGUACUGCUCGAAGGCAAAACAAAAGAAGAUCCAUCAUUACUAGAGUACGUCUUCGUUGAUCCGCCAGGGCUUCACGACGCCAAUGGCACGAAACGGACUGGCCAUGAACUUCUGGUUGACAAGGCAGGAGAGCAAAACCUGAUGUACGGUGACCUUGGUGCUGGCUUUUGCGAAAUCGCUGAGAGGAGGGACGAGUACAAGGGCAAGGCUGUCAUGGUUUCGGCUACAGGUGAAGUCGAUUUGACCAUGGGCGUUCUCGUUGGUUUUGUGGGCACAGGACUGAAGUCGAGGAUAUGGGGCUGA